GUACAGACACAAAUCGCAUACGGUCCGAAUGAACACCACAUUAACUUGCACAAUAACACAAAUCAAACGGUGAAAGUAAAACGACUUCGGGCCUCGUCUCAUCCUGUCGUUGUAAUGUGGUAACUUAUUCGAUACAGGAGCAGGAGUCAUUUACUGGCACACAGAUCGCAAGUUCCAGGUAAUGUUUGGCCUCAUGGCGAGCUCGUGGAUCGGUCACUGUCUGUUGGUCACGCUGCUCACCUGCACGCUCAGGUGUUCGCACGGUGCCAAACGCAGCAACAUCGUUCUUAUUCUCACCGACGACCAGGAUGUAGAGAUGGGAGGAAUGACGCCUAUGAAGAAGACCAAAGCUCUGAUCGGUGAUGCUGGGGUCACCUUCUCCAAUGCAUUCACUGCCAGUCCUCUGUGCUGUCCCAGUCGUAGCAGCAUCCUCUCGGGGAAAUAUUCACAUAAUCAUUUGGUUCGAAAUAACUCCAUUUCUGGCAACUGCAGCAGCGUGACGUGGCAAAAAGAGGUGGAGCCGUCUGCCUUUCCUGUGUUCCUCAGCAAGAUGCGUUACCAGACCUUCUAUGGAGGAAAAUACUUGAAUCAGUAUGGGUCUAAAGAAGCAGGUGGUGUGGCUCAUGUUCCUCCAGGCUGGGACCAAUGGCAUGCGCUGGUGGGGAACUCUCAGUAUUAUAAUUAUACACUUUCUGUGAAUGGAAAGGAGGAAAAACAUGGAGAUAACUAUGCAGCGGAUUACCUCACGGACCUGGUGUUAAACCGGUCGCUGCAUUUCCUAGAAGAGCGAAGUCCCAAUCAUCCGUUUUUCAUGAUGUUGUGUCCACCAUCACCUCACUCCCCGUGGACGGCCGCUCCUCAGUAUCAGAAGUCAUUCAGUGAUGUCAAAGCUCCACGUGAUGGCAGCUUCAACAAACCUGGAAAGGACAAACAUUGGUUAUUAAGGCAGCCGGUGAACCCAAUGCCCAGCAGCUCCAUCGAUUACCUCGACAACGCCUAUCGCAGCAGGUGGCGAACGCUUCUGUCUGUGGACGAUAUGGUGGAACAGGUGGUGAAGAAACUGGAUUCAAUAAAGGAGCUGGAUAACACGUACAUCAUCUACACAUCUGACCACGGCUAUCACACCGGUCAGUUCUCUCUUCCCAUUGAUAAGCGACAGCUCUAUGAGUUUGACAUUCGUAUUCCUCUCUUGGUUCGGGGGCCUGGAAUCAAACCUAACCAAACAAUGCAGUCUCCAGUGAUGAAUAUAGAUCUACCUUUGACCAUCCUGGACAUCGCUGGAGUAAACCUCUCCACUGUUAACAUGGAUGGACAGUCAUUCCUUCCACAGAUGGCUCCAUCAUUGCGCAACGGCACCGAACGGCCGUUCUUCUUGGUGGAGUACACUGGUGAGGGAUAUUCCUCUAAAGAUCCCAGCUGCCCCAAACUCGGCCCUGGACUAGCUCAUUGUUUCCCAGACUGUGUGUGUGAAGAUGCCUUUAACAACACGUAUGCAUGCGUCAGAACUUUAAAAGAUGGAAACUUGCAGUACUGUGAAUUUGCAGAUAAUGAGUCAUUUGUAGAGAUGUACAACCUGACAGCCGAUCCCCAUCAGCUGGAGAACAUUGUGAAGAAGGUUGAUCCUAGUAUCCUACAGAUCAUGAACCAAAGGUUGAUAAAGCUCCAGUCCUGUAUGGGAGACAGCUGUCGAAGCAUCAAAUGAAACCCUGUGUGCCGGAGGUCGGGCCGGAUCCCGACCCAGCAGAGAGCAUCGUUUCUGUGAUGUGAAAAUGUGUGGUUGUGCACAUAAUUCUUAAAGCAAUAGUUCACCAAAAAAUGAAUUUCCCCAUUUAAUCACCCUUAUGUCAUUCAAAAUCCAUAUGACUUCCUCGCAGGGAAAAGUCAUACUGCUUCAUCACAUGAGGGGGAAUUAAUGCUUUUUUUUUGGUCGAUUUGUUGCUUUAAUCCUGAUCUUUUGAAGUCCACACACUUGCCUACUUAAAAUGUGAAUACAUACAUCAUGAUUCUGAUCAUUUAGAUGCACCUUGAUCAUUUCCCAUGCUGUUAUACAGCUAGCAGGAAACCGUUUCUAAGGGCUCUAACCAGUUCAACUGGAAGUUUACUAGUCAUCCGACUCGCUUUACUUUCAACCGUUGUCAUGCUUUCGUUUUUGUCUCUUUUUGAGCACUUUUAUGGUAAAUCAAAGUUGUUGUCAUGUUAUUAAUCAUGCUAAAAAUAUAUUUGCAACCAAAACGUAUCCCAUCUUGUGUUUUUAUAAUGUACUCUUAUUGUUUUUGGGGUCGACAUAUUUUUGCACGGUUGUUUUAUUACAUUUUCUUCAUGCUGUGAAUCGAAGCGUUUCAAUGACUGCACAUCCCAUGACUCAAUGCAACUGUUCUGAUGUUAUUGUUUUAAAUUAAAUUGUGAUUCAAAAGGGAAAGGUCUGAUAUUUAAGGGAACUUUGCCAACUUUUGAUUUUAUCUACGAGCGUGCCUUUUGCACUACAGCAGUGUUUUGUGCCUUUGUACAAUACAGAUGUCUAAUUUUGAAUAAUCAAUAAAUGUACAAACAAAUAUGGUUUA